ACUACCUGCAGCAGGUAGGCUCGUGUUACCCGCUGCUCUCCUCUCUCUGUUUUUCCUGCUGCAGGUUUCAGGUAAUUCUCCUGCAGGUGAGUUUUUUUUUUAUCUCUCAGCUUGAAUCAGCCGAUCAACAGCUCGAAACCUCACCUGAGUCACCGGAAGUGGACAUGAGUGUUUGAACUGCUUUUUCCCACCUGUUCGGACGUGUUUUCACAUUUCCAAGUUUCCCGGGAUGAGCUCAUCCACCAGCAGCAGAUAAAUGUGACGUGAUGUCAGCAUGCCAUCGUGACAUCAUCCCCACCUCUGAGGGAAGUGAUGUUUUGCUUGGAGAGGAAAUGAGGAACAUGGAGCUGUUUCUGAAUCUGUCAGAGUCUCCAUUCCUUCUCACCUCGUCUCCUCUAGAGCUGAGUGGGGGGGACACGCAGCGAGUGGAUGGCAGCUGGAGUCAACACGGAGACCUGCAGGAAUGUGGACAGUUGGAGAAGAGGUGGGUCCUAUGGCACAAAUUUAUGGAGGAACACGCCCACCUGGAUAUGUGGCUGCAAUUGGCUGAACAGGCUGUCAGUUCCCAUAACUCAGCCCACGUUACCUACAUCACCGCCAAGGAAGAGCUGAGGAAGUUUGAGCGGCUUCGGUGUGAGGCAGCAUCUCGGCUCGUGCAGUUGGACGGUCUGACCCAGAGGAAUCGAGCACUGACUCCGCUGUUUCUGGGCGCCAUUCAGGCUAAGCUGCUGUCUACCGCGAGGGAAUGUGGGCGACGAUGGGAUGACGUGAAUGCCAAACUGGAAUCCAUCACAGUGCGACUGAAGCUCUUUGUCUCAGAGUGGGAGGGGUUUGAGGCAGAGAGGGAGGAGCUCUCUCUCUGGUUGGCCGACCUGGACGUCCGUCUGACUGAGGUGGAUUACCUGACUGGAAACACCUGUGAAAAGCUGAGAUGCCUGCAGUCCUUCCAGCAGUGUGUGUGUGUGAACUCCGGCCGUGUGAACACCCUCCUGCAGCGUGGCGAGGCGUUGAUCCAACACAGCGAGCCGACUGAUGCUCAGCACAUAGAGAGCCGACUGCUGGAGCUGCUGCGCCACUGCAGCCACGUCUACAACAACAUCGCACGGACACACACACGGCUACUCAGCAUGAGACUGGUGUUCGAGGAUGACUGGAUUCUGUCUCAGGCUACAGACUCUGGCUGCCCCUCAGAGACUUUGUUAGAGGAAGAGGGAGCGCUUGAUAAACCUAACCUGGACCUCCCUGCAGUUUCAAACCAUCCCAAAGACCUCCCCUCACCCACUCACCACCCUCCUCCUCCCUCUCCGGCCUCUCCUACCCAUGAGCACCUGGGGUUAGAGUGGGACCCCUCAGUUGAUAUUGGACAUUCAGUCUCCUGUGAUGAUGGCGACUCAUCGUAUUUCAGUGUGAGCACAGGGCUGUGUCACCGAGAUGGCCUGAAGAGGUGGAGCUACCUCAGUUCCCUCAGCUCUCUGUCUGACAUCACCAACCAGGAGGCAGACUUGCGGCUGGCAUGGCUCGACCACACCUACUCAGGAGCGGCCCAAAAGGCGAAGCCACAGUUGAAUGGGGACCAGUGGGCGUCCUCGACUCCUGACAGACAGGCCGGUGAGCCAAUAAGCUUCGAUGGUGGCCGAGUGAGGGCGUGGCUGGGAGUCCAGAGGUCUGCCCCUCCAGAGCGGAGGACUUCCUGUUCCAAAGCUGUGCAGACUGAUGGAGAGGCUGAAGAAGAGAUGUCCUGUUGUGAAGAAGCCGAGCGUCUCCUCUCCGAACAAAGUGUGACCUCCAGCGACGGGGCCGCCUCCUCCUCCUCCCUGCAUCUCUACCUCCUCCUGGCUGCAGCUCUGACCCUGCUGGCCUGUCUGAUCUGGGUCGUCCUGGAAUCGCCGUGCCAAUCCAGCAACAGGAUGCCACGUAACUUUCACCUGGCGCUGAGAUACGUCAACGGGCCCCCGCCUACCUGAAGACCGCCCCAGAGACUCUCAUGGACAGAGUUUGGACAAAGCACUUUCCUCAGGCUCUACUGGACAGAGGUUCACAGCUCAUACAAUCUCAAAAAAUGUGCUCAUUUCAAUUAACCAAACAGUUUCAGAAACAGAAAGUUCGAAGUUUCAGACAGGAACUGGGGGCUAAACUCCUGAAAGCUGGAAACAAGGCUAUGAUCCCUAAUGCCACCAAGAAAUACAACCAUAUGCUUUGUUUGAUCCUAACAAAUAAGAUCAAUUUAUUAUGUUGCUCCCCACCCAGGAUCUUGUCCCCGUCACUUCCAGCUUUAUCUUUAAAAGUCUCGGUUAUGCCGUUAGUUAUCCCAGGGCAGAGAAAUCUAAGAGCUCCCUGCUUAAACUAUUUAACAUAACUGAAGCAGAAUGAGUGUGAACAGGAAGUUGUAAUAUGUUGUGAUAUAUUUUUAUGUACCUCUGAAAGUCAGUGAAAACAUUCAUAACUGCCUUAUUUUACCAGACUGAUGCUACAGUACAUUAUUGUAGCAUUAGCUGGUUAAAUGUUCACACUAAUGUUGCGUUAAAAUCUGAUUUUGUUGGUUGUAAUUUAAAUGUGAAAGGUUAGAAAAGCCACAAAGGAAACAAAAGUACGGUGGCCCUGAAAGCUCAAAGCACCGCAGCUUAAGAAAACACAUGCAAACAGACAAAACACAAGCAAAUACAGAACAGACAAAUUUUCAGCAAUUUGACAGUGAACCAUCUGCAGAUACACACAACAAAACAGAAGUGUUUCCACGGGACACGGGUUUCCACACGUCCAAGCAGGUUCAUCACUUUUUAGUGUCCCCCUGGAAACACUUCUGUUGUGUUGUGAGUAUUUGCAGCACGUGUUGUCAAACUGAUGAAGAUGUUUUCUGAAUGUAUUUGCGUUUUGUCUAUUUGCAUAUGAGCUUUCGGGGCCACCGUACAUAGAUGAGCUUUAAUUGUUAGACAUAAGAGCCCGUUGUUACAGCAGUCGCUAGGCUAACACUGACAGUCAGUUAGCACGGAGAAGAGCAGCUGGAAGUGAUCACAGUUUAAGCACAUGUUUCAUGAAGUGAGGGCUGAGUGUGUUUUGAAGAUGAAUCAUAAAUAUCACACAAGAAAUCAGAUCAAGUCUUCUCCUGAUGUCGGAGCAGCCGGGUUGUUUAUUUCCUGAUUUCAUGCAAUUGUAGAAACGUAGCAGUAGCGCUGUAGAGAGGUGAAGCCAACAGUCACAUCCUGACGACAUUUAUCACACAUUAUUGUGUAAAAAUUGAACAGAGCAGAGUCCGAUGGCUAUGACAUAGGGUUAUAUCUUUAAACUGCUAUCUGUGCUAAUGUAGCUAAAGCUAAUCUAAAACAUUUCUGCUUCACAACUUCUCUCAAAAUGACUGUGUGUAGGUUUGUUUGACUGCCGUUCAUGUCAAAGUGAUGAAGUAUUUAAAUGAUAUCUGACUGUCCCGCCUCACCAUGAUAGCACUUGUAUUUGUAAUUCAUAAAGGUGUUUUGUAACAAGUUGUAUAUUCACAGUGCAAAAAAUUCUUGUCUGUUUUUUGUGGUUUGUUGUUUUUUUUGUUCAUGCUUUUUGUCCCAAACUACAAAUCAUACACACUGAACAUCACUGCUACAGAUUUAUGAAGGUGGUUUUGUUCGUCAGCUGUCAGACAUUCCACUUCUAUGAAGAUCCUGUUGCAGAGACGCGAAUCUUUCUGCAGAGAUAAUCCAUCAGUUUCUGUUCUGUUGCUUGUGAGUUGUGUUAUUGGUGCGUGGUGAUCCAUUUAAAAUGCAGCUGUGUUUGAGAAAGGCUGCACUGCUUUUCCAAAGAACAAUAACUUCACCUUGACCAAAAUCAAAGCGUACGCAUGAUAAAUGAUGUAUCUGCAGGUUAGUUUCAUGUCUCUGCAAGUUGUUUUGCAAAGGAACGGACGCAAACACUUUUCUGCCUGUUUGCAGAGGCAGAGCUGUCCACACGAGGGUUCAGUCUGUUGCAGACAUGGGCAGAUGAUGGACUUUAUGUCACACAGGCUCUAAAAAGUAAGUGAGCUUUAAAAAAAACAAUGUUAAGUGUAUCUGAUACAUACUAAAGAGGCUAAAACAUGAAAAAGUAUAUCUGAAAAAGAAGUGCGAGGUGACGUUUGAUCCUUUCUGACUGAGUUUUUUACUUUUUUACUUUGUCAAUUAUGUCAUGUUACAUCUUAAAGACGGUGCUGCCUGAUUUAUUGUGUUUUAAGUGACUGAAGCAUUUCGGGUAACACAUUACAUCACAACUGCUCUUUUCAUUGAUUCAGUCAUUUGUCAGAACUGCAUGAGAGACUAACACCCAAAUGUCUGACUUUAUCAGGGGAAUAUGUCAGCCCAUGAUGAUGAUGCUGACGAUGAUGAUGUUGACAUGUUUUAAGGCUUUAAUAGGUUUGACAAAAUAAUUGAAAAGGGAACUUGGUAAUUCAGCUGCCAUCUAAACGUUUCACCUUUAGUAAAAAAACUGAUAUUGCAUCCAUUCGAAUGUUGUUGCCUGUGUUUGAAGAUGUAAAUAAAAUGAAUUGUAUGAAA